AUGUCCGCCAUGCCAGCGCUAAGGCCAGCAGGCCGCCUCUCCUCUUUCCCGCGCGACCUCGUCAUGACCAGUGCUGCGCCGGCGACGGCCGUGAUUUUUUGGCUAACUCUGCUGAUCAAUCUAACCAAUGCUCACAACGACGAGAUGCUCACAGCUAAGGGUGCCCAACUGCUCGGAGGCGUUCAGCAGCUGACGGAGACGGCGUUGAACAGUCCGCCCACAAAGGCGAUUAUUCAAAAGGCCCUGCAAAAUCUAGCUAAGGAGAAGAAGGAUCUCUGUUCUGACUACAAACAUAUCCGGACGCUGCGUGGUACACGACAAGUUGUCAACGGAAUCCUAUACAAAUUUGUAGUGGAGGUUGAGGCUGUACCCAAAGGCGAUUGUAAGUCGGCUCCCAGUAGCCUGCCAAAGCAGCCCAUGCGUGAGACCUACGAGAUCACUCAUCUCGAUCGUGGAUCAGCUGCGGUUGAGGCUGAACCGCACUUCGAUUUUGAAAAACUUGAUUUGUGA